AUGGCCACAACCGGACAAGCAUCCGGCACCCAGGAGGAGCCUCUUCGAGCUAUGUCGAUCGCCAGAUUCAUCCCCCGCUUUCCUAAGCCACUACUUGUGACCUCAAACAUUCCCGUCUAUCGUCACUCUUUCUCACUUCCAAUCAGGCAAAGCGAAGAGCCAUCCUCGUCGCCCGCCACUUCUGAAGGAGUCGCAGACUCUGACCCGCGAUCUGCAGCGACGGACAGCGCCUCGUAUGUCGAGUGGAGCAAGCUGCUUCCCGUACCAUCCAAUUUGCUCGGCUCCGUCCGAGAGCUGUUUGAGACUCGUUUGCCGAGGGAUGCAGAGUCCAACGCCGCCUUCGAGGUCGAGCAAAAGGCAGACGACGAAGCUUCUCCCCCUCUAUCGGCUUCUCCGCCCCCGCGGCUCGUCUUCUUCGGAGAGCAACAUCAUCAGCCCGAAGUGAUGCGAGCGCAGUUACAGAUUCUGCACGCACUUCACCAGCAAUAUCAGCUUGCUUCACAGCCUUUCGGCAAGCAUGCGAGCGCUCCACCAAUAUACAAGCUUCAUCUCAUCCUCGAGCAUUUCUCCGUGCUCGAUCAGCAUAUGCUCAAUUCUUUCUCUAACGAUCGCCUUGGUCCCGACGAGCUGGCCGAAAAAUACCACACGCACAGUCAAGAAGCAUUCCAUAUUGGCCACUACAUGCCGCUGCUCAUGCUAGCCAAAGAACUGCGCGUCCCCAUUUGGGGCGGAUUCCCUCCGAGGAGCUGGGCCAGACAGGUCUUUCGUGACGGUGUCGAAUCUGUCAAGACCGACGAACGACGACGAGCGGAUCCCAUCGAAGAAAGCCACUAUGAAUUGUCGACAGCUGACAACCCAUCACAGCCAGCGUCGGAGUUGCAGCCGUCGAGCUCUUCUCCGUCUGCAGUACCGAGAUCACCUUUGUUCACAUCGUGGGGUGCCGUGACCAAGAUCGGCGCAGCUCACCGCAGCUACCUCUCCGCCCUUAUGCGGCCCGACAUGCCGCCUCGCUUCCCCAAGCUACCGACUGCCGCUUCAUCGGGGGACGAAGUGCAAGGCGUGCAAAACGAAGAAGCGUCUACGACUGACGCAUCGAUAUACCCAACUUGGCUCCUGAAGCCACACAACAUCGAAACCAAAGGCUUUGGUCCGGCUCAGGCGCUCAAAGACUCUUAUUUGGCCCACGUCACCUCUUGGAUCUUGCGAGGAGCACACACGGAUGAUCCGAUCCCAGCACAUUCGACGAAGCAGUCUACACGUACGCAGCCUGCGAUGACCAGAUCUCUCUCAGCAGACCCAGCAGCAGAUGCUGACGACUCUGGCAGACCGAUUAUCAACGUCGCCCUAGUCGUGUGUGGUCUUGGCCACUGCGAAUAUGGUUUCGGCGCACCGGAACGAGUCGUGGAGCUUCUAUCUGGGCACAGCGAAGGAUCAUCACAUGGUGAUCUCUCCUCAUUGCUUCCAUACAUCAUAGCAAGCAAGCCUCUAGACUCCGGCAUCUGGCUUGGCUCCGAGCACCCUUCACAACCUUCCGCUGACAACGACAAUGUCAACGCGAAAGAUGAAUCGCCCGCUGCAGUCCAGAGAUGGCUCGACGAUCCGUGGGGGCGCAAGUUGGCCGACGCCAUUGUAUUGUACGAGUGGAUCGACAAUGAGCCUGCCGAAGAGAGCGAUGGUAAUGCGGAUGGAGGAGACCACCCGACGUCAGGCUAG